AUGAAAUUUAGAAAAAUUCCGAGAGUCAUCUCGGUUGCUGGUAAAUACAGAACAGGAAAGUCAUUCCUGUUGAAUAGAGUUAUUAUCAAUAAGAGAAAUCAGGGUUUUGGGGUGGGCCCCACCAUUAAUCCUUGUACAAAGGGAUUAUGGAUCUGGGGAGAUACUCUGGAAGGUGAAUAUCAGGGUGAAAAACUCAAGAUCCUCCUUAUUGAUAGUGAAGGUAUAGGUGCGUUUGACGAAGAUGAGAAUCAUGAUACUAAGAUAUUUUUACUAGCACUGCUGCUCUGUUCUUAUUUCAUUUACAACAGUAUGGGCACAAUUGAUGAAAACGCCAUAAAUAAUUUAUCACUAAUUUCGGAGGUGCUUGGAGAUUGUGAUCCAGAUGAGAUAGCUAAAUUCUUCCCAUCCUUCCUCUGGGUAGUCAGAGAUUUCUCUCUUCGUCUGAAUGAUCUCUAGGGCAACUCUAUAACAUCUAAAGAGUACUUUGAAAAUUCUCUCUAGCCCCAGAAAGGAACAAGUGACCAAGUUGAAACGAAAAAUAGAAUCAGAAGACUGGUCAAGCACUUCUUCAAAGAUCGAGACUGCUUUACUCUAGUUAGACCAGUUGAAGAGGAAAAGUAGCUUCAAAGCCUAUAAUCGAUGCCUGAUGAGCAUCUUAGAUAGGAAUUUCUUCAGUCUAUCAAUUAACUGCGAACAAAAAUAUUCAAAAGAGUGAGACCCAAAACAUUGAAUUCCAAGUUCAUCACUGGAGAAAUGCUUCUUGAGUUAUGCUAUGCUUACACAGACGCCAUAAAUACAGGAACAUUACCUAAUAUAUAGAAUGCAUGGUCAUAUGUAUGCUAAAAUGAGUGCUAGAGAGCUAUAAAUGAUUCUAUCUCCUCAUAUGAGUAGUAAAUCAGGAAGGUCUUAGAAAGGGCUAAAGCUGAGUGCAAUGAGGAAUUGAUUAGCAAGGAUCAUCGACAUAUCAAAGAGUAAGCAGUUCAAAAUUUUAAGCAGAAGGCAGUAGGACAGGAAAUUCAGGAGUUCGAACUUUAACUAAGAGACGGCAUAUCAAAGAAGCAUAAAGAAAUAAAGCUUGAGUUUAUAAGGUUCUGCAAAAGCAAGGCUUAUGCAUUCUUAGAAAAUGAUGUAUAAAAUCUCAAAAGAAAUUUGUAGAAUGAUAUGUACGAUAGCAUAGACAAAUUUCUAGAAGAUAUUGACAAGCUCAAGUAAAAGUACAAUGAAUCAGGCCCAAUCUUCUCAGGUAGACUUGAAAUCUUUUCUGAAAUUUCUUAAGCACUAAUCAGCAAAGCUGCGGACUUCUUGACUAUUUCAAGUAAAAAAGAGUCAGAUGUUAGUCUUAAGAAGCUCAAAGAGCGAGUAUCCGAGCUUGAAAGAGAAAAGGCUCAAUUAAAGAUAGAUUAUAGCAGUGAUAAGAAGAUACUUGAGUCUAAGAUUAUUGAAUUUGAGAUAGAUAAGAAUAACUCGGUUAGAAAUGAAAAGCUUCUCGAGGAAAGGUUGAGAUACCUUCAGGAGGACAAAGAUAAGUCUGAGAAGUCUAUCAUUGAUAAAUGGAAGGAGAAGUUUGAGGAGAAGAAUGAUCAAAUUAGAAUUCUAGAUAAUAAAAUACGUGUGCUUGAGAAUCAGUUGAAACUUAAGGAGGAUGACAGCUUUAAGAAGACAAAUGAGUUCGAGAAGCUUAACGCCUUGAUAGAGUAAAAGCUUUAACUGACUGAGAAAGAACUCGUAGAAUACAAGCAGAAGUAUUCAGCGAAAGACACUGAUUAUAAGGAAAUUAACAAGGAGCUUUAUAACAGCAGGAAGGAAGUAUAGUAGCUUGUGAACUAGCUCCAUAGAAUGGAGCAGGAGAAGAAUGACGAGAUCAAGCAGCUGAAAUAGGAACAUGAGUUCCAGUUGAAUUAAGCUUCCUCUGGUAACCCCUAAGUAGUGUCUGAUGAUUAAUAGUAAAAGUGGAUACAAGAGAGAUAAACUAUGCAGAUACAGCUUAAUUUACUAACUGAUACACUAGAGUCUCAGAAGAAAAUACAAGAAAGUUUGCUCCAAGCUCUUAAUUUUACUAAGCAACACCAAAUCAGGUAAAGUUCACCUGAGAGAGAUGGAACUACAGAGAAAGUAAAAGCUAAGAAUAAGGAACUAGUAGUUACAAAUCAGAACCUAUCGUAGUAAAUAGUCUAGAUGCAGAGCAAAUAAAUGAACUUGGAGAAAAGCAUUUCAAACUUGAAGUAGUUUAAAUACAUGAUUCAUUAUGCUAUUGCGAUGUAAUGCAAGAACUGCAAUAAACUCUAUCCAGUUAAUUAAUACUCGCAGCACUUGCCUGCGUGCAAUAGAGAGAAUGAGAGAGUUUCUACACUCAAUGCAUAAUAGAAUAUAUAUCCAAUCAAUGUUAUGAUAGUCAGCGUUUUCAAGUAAAGCGAUGAGUAUAACUAUGAUAUCUAGGUAGAUAAAAAUGGCUAGGUUUGGAGAGUUUCUAAGAGACUCAAUGAGUUCAGAAUGCUAUUUGAAGAGCUGUACAAUCAAUUCCCAACAUACACCCUUCCAUUCAUUCCUGAUGAGUGGCUCUAAAACGCUACAGAUGAUUUUAUGAUAAAAGAUCUGAGGAAAAAGCUUCAGGUCUUCAUGAUGGAUCUAGUCAAGAUUCCAUUCAUUAGAGGAAACCAAAUUUUCAAGCAGUUCCUUGAGAUGGAUCAAAACUAUAUAGAGGAAGAAGGAGAGUUCGAUUAAAGAAGGACUACCUUUUAAAGUAUGGGAGGCGUCACUGGAGGAAGCUCAAUGUCAACUACUCUUAACUCAGGAAGACCAUCUAUAAUGAACCCAUUUUCUUCAGGGCAGCAACAAAUAUCUAUGAUUAGCAAAAAUAUGGAUGGUCGUAAAAGUGUAACCCCAGUUCUUAAUACAUAAAUUCUCUCAAGGCAACAGCAGGAUAACAUCGUAGUUAAGAAAUCAAAUAUAGUUAACUAGAGUUUAUACAACAUGAGAGACUACAUCCAGGAGCUUGUGGAUGAUGAAGAUCAUAGCAGUAUUGCAUCUAAUAAUAGAAUAUCCUAGAUGAUGUUAAUUGGUGAUGACAUCAGUAGCAGGCCAUCAGUCUUCUCAGUCAAAAAUCAAGACGCCAGAACUGACAAUAUCUUCUCCAGCAAGAACAACUCGCCAUUCCAGCACAUUGAUGUAAAUAAAAUGUCCUAAAAUGUUUAGGUCGUUAUCUCCAAGAGCAAGGAAAGAUACAGUCAGAGAAACUUAGUAACUUAUGAAAACGAAAAUAUGAGUGUCCCUCAAGAUCACAAUGAGUUUGAAGACUCUUUCACCAAUGACAUUGCAGACAUGUCAGUAUCAAGUAAAAAGAACCUUGAGACUCUAGACGAUGAAAUCUUCACCCAAAGAUCAAAUUUUCAAGACUAAUAAGAAUCUCCACUUCAAGCUGAUUACACAAGAACCAAGAGUAAUCUAAUGAAAAAAUUUGAGCAAGCUGAUACCCCCUCACUUAUGAAGAAAGGAUCCUUUAACAGAUACGAAGCCAAUUCAGAAGACGAGGAUGAUCUCAAUUAAAGAGAAAAUUAAAAUAAGGGUGGACUAAGUAACUUAAACCAUAAAAAGAUAGAAUGA